UUUCAGUGUUGUCCUCCUGCUCUCUCUUCUCCGGUGGAGCAUCUUCGGCUCCCCCGCUCUGCUGUGACGAACACCGCUGGUCCUGCCCUCGUUCUGAGGCAGCAGAGCGGGUCACCGCACCGCCGCAAACGCCAGCCGGGGCCGGAGGAUGGCGUCGCUCAGCCGCAAGCGGGGAGCGGGCAGGAGCUCCGUGGUGGAGAGGAAGAACCUGCUUACAGUCUGCAGGUUUUCAGUGAAGACUCUUCUGGAUCGCUCCUGUUUUGAAACCAUUGACGACGCUUCCCCAGAGUUUGUUAACUUCGUGUCCAUCCUGGAGCACAUCCUCAGCCAUCGGCUCAAAGGUCAGACGACGUGGUUUGGCUACGAGAGUCCUCGGAGUUUCUGGGAUUACAUAAAAGCGGCCUGCAGUAAAGUGCCUCAUAACUGCAUCCGAAGCAUCGAGAGCAUGGAAAAUGUGCGAUCAUCAAGAGCGAAGGGAAGGGCGUGGAUGAGGGUUGUUCUGAUGGAGAAACGACUGUCAGAGUACAUCUCCUUUGCGCUGAAGGACUUCAAAACAACCAGGAGGUUUUUUGAGGAAGGUGCGAUCAUACUGAGAGAAGAGGCAGGGCUGUUGGCAGACACGCUCAUUGGACUUAACAUCAUUGAUUUCAGUUUCUGUCUUAAAGGGGAGGGUCUGGACGACAGCUGUCCUGCAGUCAUCGACUACACGCCUUACCUGAAGUUCACACAGAGCGCAGAUAGCAUCAGCAGCGAUGAGGAGGAGAUGAGGACUCUGGGAAGCAGCGGCAGCGAGAGCAGCACCCCUGACAAAACGGCCACCGCCGCAUCAAUCUUCACCGAGCAGAGCAACUUGGUCAGCAAGUGCAAACGCUUUGAGCAGAAGUAUCGCAUGGCUCUGGAGCAGAAGGGUUACCUGGAAGAGUUGGUCCGUCUGCGGGAAGCUCAGCUGUCGGAGGCCGUUUCUCAUAACAAAGCCCUUCAGCAGAGCCUAGCAGACACACACCUCUCACACACACUGGAGAAACAACAGCUUGAGUAUAUCAUAGUGGAACUGCAGAACCAACUGACUGUGCUGAAAAACAAUGACUUGCGUUCCAGACAGGAAUUAACAGCCCAUCUGACCAAUCAGUGGCCGUCUCCAGAUGCCUUGGAUGCCAAUGCCGUUGCCUUGGAUACACUGCUGUACAGGAAAAGCACCGGGGAGUGGGAAGAGAAGAGUUUCCAGAGUCUGGAGCAGCUGUCUGCAGGCAUGAGCCUCACAUCAAACACACAAGGUAAAGAGGAAACUCCGUCUCUCAGAGGCCUCUGUGGCUCCCUGACCUCAGUAGCCAGCUAUAAAUCUCUGGCCAGCCUGAGGUCCAGUGAGUGUUUGGCCAGUCCAGCGACAGAGAUCAGCAGUCCAGGUGUCACUCCGUCAUAGGAGACAAGACGUACAAACAGCUUCGUCAGUUCAAGAAUUCAAAGGAGUCAGGAACUUUCCUCUUACUGGUGAUGCUGAUUUUUCCGUUCUUUAACUCUGAAUGAAGAGCUGGUGCAGCUCAGCGACUCCAAAAGACUGAAAACUGUCACAACUGAUGUAACUUUAUCAACAUGAAUCCAGAUUAGUUUGCUUCUCAUCUGUGUGGCGUAAUUUCUCUCCUACUUUGGAAUUGUGUCGAUUUUAGAGCUGAUGUACGAAUUCUCAUCUCAUUUCACUCUUGCAAAGAUGACUUUGAAAGAUUGUGCUAAAAAUACUGACUGCAGAUCAGUUGCUACUUUCCUGCAGACUGAAUGAAGCAAUGCUAUAUUCUGUUCUAAUAUAGAAUGGUACUGGGGGUUAAACCAGUGGUGUGUUUAAUUUAAGAUGUAAAUGUUUGUCUUUGUUUUGCCACCAGUGUCAGUGUUGUGCAUUUUGCAUCGUCACAGGGUUUUGUUCUCAGGUAAUCAUCCUCUUUAAAUACUACGCUGCAGUAUUUCAAUUUAAUAGUUAUCUACUGGCAAGUUGAUAUAAUUUAUUUUUUGAUGUUUGCAUUGACUUACAUUUAAAAAAAACAACAUUUCCUGCUUUAGGACAUCAGCAUAAAGUAAUAUGGAUACAUGGUCACUAGCUGUUCACCUCACCACUUGAAUACGGUUUUUGCCUUCAGCUUAUUCCAGCAGACAUUUGUACAGACGUUAACUGGAUAUUCUACUGAACUUAUUUGCAUUUUUUUUUAGAUUUUAUUUUAAAUAAACACAACUUGCUUUCA